AUGUCGAAGUGCGUGUCGGUGUUCCCGCGGUGGCCUCCCGCCAGCGCCGUGUCCACGCCGGUACUGGCCGGUGUGGUGGCCGGCGUCUCCUUCUUCUCGCUCUCGCUGCUCUUCAGCUCCGUGGCCGCCGCUCUGGCCGCACAUCGUCGCCGGCGCCGGGAGAGGAGGAGACGAGGAGUGGUGGUGCGAGCGGUCAGCCACGGCCGACAUCAGUGGCGCGCGACAUCCGAACCUGAGCCGGCCCCUGUGCCUGGACCCCCGUCCCCUCCGCCUGACCAGCGUGGCGACGUGUGGAUCGUGCAACAGCGGGAACGGCAGCAACAUUACAACUGCCGGGCGUACGAGAGCGACUACAGCCGCGGCGGCACCGGCAGCGGCAAGCCGAUCCCGCUGGUGCUCUCCUCCCCGCCGUCUCCGUGCUGCGGCGAGGACAAGGCCCGCGCCCCGCUCGUCGCCCGCGACGACAGCGCCGCCGGCGCCAGCGCCGCCGACCGACCGCGAUUCUUCGGCACCGGGCGACGCGGCGCCGGCUCCGGCCUGGGGCGCUACCGCAUCCCGGCGCUCGACGACAGCGCCUCCUCCGCCCGCCACCUCCUCCGUGCGGGAGCUACGGGCGUGACGAGUACGGCGCCGCGGCGGCGGCGGCGGAGGAAACGGCUGAACCUGUCCGGCGGCAGUCAGCUGUCGCUGGGCUGCCUGUCGGAGCGCGGCGCCAGCGACAGCGAGGGCUGCUACUGCGUGGCCGACGCCGACGCCGCCGCCGCUGCCGCGCGCCGGCAGGACCAGGCCGCCGGGGCGCGGCCUAUCGGCAAGAUUUCCCGCGGGGCUGACGGCAAGUUCGCGAUCGCCGGCGGUGGCGGCUCCGACGAAUUCGACGACGCCCGUCUCGGGCGUCCGCCGCCGCCGCCCGAGCCGGGGGCUUCGUCGUCGCCGCGAGGCUCCGCGCUGCUGACGGCCUGGCCGUCGGGCUCCAGCGUGGUGGAGGUCUACCCAUGGGCAGGCGCGGGCCCGAUUCGCCUCGACGCCCGCCGACGAUUGGCGGCGCCGGUCCGGCGACGCGGCCAGGGUCGGGCGGCGGCGGCGCCGGCAGCGGCCUCCUCUCUCUGCCCGACGUCAGCGCCGUCGUCCCCCGCGGCGGCCGCGGCGAACGGUCCCCCGGCGCGGAAUCUCGGCCGCCCCUGGCCGGCCGAGGAACGGCCUCCGCCGCCGCCGCCUCCGCCGUGGACUCGCGUCGGCGGCCGCGUGUCGCCGGGCCGGUGCCGCGACGCUGCCGAAACGGAGCUGGACGAGCUUCUGGCCGAGAGUUUCUCGCGGAGCCCGGAGCGCCGGGCGGCGCCGGCGUUGCCGCCGUUGCCGCCGCCGCCGCCUCCGCCUUACGCGAGCAUUGACGUCGUGGAGGCGUGCAACAUCGCCGACCGGCUCCUGGAGCUUACGCGACGGCAGAAGGGGGCGGCCGUCACCGCCGUCGCCGCUGCCCGACGUAGCCCCGGCGGGCGGGCCCAGUCCGCAGAGCAGCGGCCGCGGCGCGUCACCGUCGCCGGAGCCGGCGUGCCGUGCAGCGGCGAAGGGGGCGGCUUCAGCCAUCCCAGCGUGCCGUGUGGCGGCGGAUUCGGCGGAGGGGGCGGCUUCGGAUAUCCCACCAUGCCGUGCGUUGCCGGCGGAGGAGGAGGUGGCGGCCUGACCCAUCCCAGCAUGCCGUGCGGUUCGCCGCAGACGGAGAGCAGCGGCGUCCACAGCCAGGACGGCUCGCAAAGGAUGAUGGGAAACGAGAGUCUCUACUCGGACCUGGCGAACAGGCGCGAGCUGUCCGUGGACGAGGGCUACGAGUGGGACGUGGAGCUGUGUGCCGAGUCGGCCGUGAUGCAGUCGCUGCGUCUCUACGUCAGCCGACAGCUCCAGCGGCCGCACUCCUCCGACUUUGCGCGCGAACGACCGCCCACCCACGCCGGCGGUGGCGGCGGUGGUGGUGGCAGCGGUGGUGGUGGCAGCGCUCCCUCUCGGCCGGGCAUCCCUGUGACCUCCCGCCCCUCCGUCUCCAUGGAGGACCUGAGCUGCGGCGGCGGCGACGUCGCCUCCGCAGCCGUCGCCGUGACGACCACGCCCUCCCCCCCCUCCUCCUCCUCCUCCACCGCCGUCGCCCCGCCGUCCUGGCGGGCCGACGGCGGCGCCGAUGCACCGCUCCGGGCGGACCUGGCGGCCCGUUGCGCCGCCCUGAAGGCCGAGUUCUUGGCCUACCAGCGGCACUACCGCCCGCAGAAGGGGGCGGCCACGCGGCCGUCGAGCGGCCGGGCGGGGCGGCCUCGCCGGUCUCCGACGAGGAGUACGAGCAGGCCACGCUGCUGUGACGUUGCGGCGGAGCGCCGACAAGGAGUACGAGCAGGCCACGCUGCUGUGAAUCUGCGGCGGAGAGCCGACGCGCACACAGAGCCGAGCCGACGGAUGGUGUUGGCACGGCAUGGGUUGGUUUUUCCACUGGCGCACUUGAGCCGAGCCGGCGAAUGGUGUUGGCGCGGCGCGGGUUGCGUUUUUUCCACCGGCGAUUUGCCGAAGCCGAGGCGGAACCAAGGCGCAUGACGGACACCGCCGCUGACAUCGGGUGAACCUGACCCAGUAGGGCCACGCGCGGAUGAUGUACAGCAGCAGCACGUACGUUGAACUUCUGUCGCGCCGUGCGUAGCCGGACGUGCUUGUCGGCGGUGCCGGGAAACGACACGUUGACUUGCGACGCCGGCGUGGGUAGGUACACCGACACUCGCCGAGCCGAGCCACCGUAUUGGAGUCGGCACGGCACGGGUUGCUUUUUCCACUGGGGCACGCGAACCGACCCAGCGUAUGGGGAUGGCGUGGCACGGGUGUUGUUUUUUCCACUGGCGCACGUGAACCAACCCAGCGUUUGGGGUUGGCGUGGCACGGGUGUUGUUUUUCCACUG